UCACUGAUCACUGCAAAAAGUACGCUCUCCUCCUCCUCCUCCCCCUCCUCCUCCUCCUCCUCAACAACCGCCGCACGCUCGGCGCAUUCCUCCACACCCCUGCGCGUGCCAUGAGAAGGAGGCCGUGAUGGAAUGGGAGAAGCAGGAACACCACCACCACCACCACCACCACCACCAGCAUCACCAGCAGCAGCAGCAGCAGCACCAGCACCAGCAGCCGCCGCAGCAGGCGAAGGAGGCUCAGCAGCAGCAGCAGCAGCAGGGGGGCGGCGAGGGCAUCGGUAACGGGGCGGCGGGCGGGAACGGGGUGCUGUACGUGAAGGUGAUGACGGACGAGCAGCUGGAGACGCUCCGGAAGCAGAUCGCCGUCUACGCCUCCAUCUGCGAGCAGCUCGUCGAGAUGCACAAGAACCUCACCGCUCAGCAGGAUCUCGCAGGAGUUAGGCUGGGAAAUUUGUAUUGUGACCCCCUGAUGACAACUGCUGGUCACAAAAUAACUGCCAGGCAGCGAUGGACUCCAACUCCUAUACAACUUCAAAUUCUUGAGCGCAUCUUCAAUGAAGGAAAUGGUACUCCAAGCAAACAGAAGAUCAAAGAGAUUACUACCGAACUGAGCCAACAUGGACAAAUUUCAGAAACAAAUGUCUAUAACUGGUUCCAGAACCGGCGUGCACGAUCGAAAAGGAAACUACAGAAUACAGCUGGCAACAAUACUGAAUCUGAAGCUGAAGCAGAAGUUGAGUCACCAAAGGAGAUGAAGACAAAACCAGAGAUCUUUCAAUCUCAGCAGAAUCCAGUAUCAAGGAACGAAGAUAUGUGCUUCCAAAGCCCUGAGAUUAGCUCAGAUCUUCAUUUUGCUGAUUCACAGACCAAAGUGGAGAGCAUGUUUUCUUCAGACGGCAGUUUAAGAUCCAGGAGUAGGAACCUGGGCCAGCUAUCUUUCUAUGAUGCCAUGUUGUCAAAUGCAGGUACAUACUCAGAUAUACACCUCAUUAUUAAGGGGAGUCAUCUAGUUGGUCUUGCAGGAAACGAGCAUCUGGGUGGGAAGAUGGAAGUACCAGGAGCCUACGGUCUGUAUCAUCAUGCGGAAGACUUUGGCAUGAGCGGAUGAUGCUGAUUGGUGCCGCAGAUCUCUCUCUCUCUCUCUCCUACAUAUAGCAUAACUUGCCUGCCAUGCUAAUGCUGAUGCUUAGCUUUUGCGGCUCGCGGCGUCAUAGCUAGGUCGGAGCCUAAUCUUGCAGAGUUGGGUGUUCGGUUUGCUUUUUGUGAAGGAACUGAUUUUUACUGAAGAUCAUACGCUAGUUUGACUAGUUUGUUUGGAUUUGAUGAACUAGUUUUGCGCAGAUUUGUUCACGGGAAUGGGAUGAUCGCUGUAUAUUCUGUCCAAGUUACUCUGGCUCUUGCAAUUCGGGAUGCUUGGCGUUUAGAUAGACCCUCGAGUUAGGCCCGGUUUUUCGUCUGUCCUAGGUCUUACCUACUGUUGAAGAUGAACCUGCGAAGCUUUGUGUUUCAUCUAGUUUACAUAUAUGCAUGAUGUCGUGCACCCGUUCAGUCAA